UGAACAAGCCUUCCUUGUGUUGUUUCUGAUUGAAGAUGGAAACCCUAGAAGGCAAACAAGCUAUUGCGACAGAGGCCCGAGAAGACGAACAUUCGACGCAGAAAGCCAAAAUCUCAUUCCCUGUAGAAAUAGUGGAAGACAUCCUCUCCAGAAUCCCAGUCAAAUCCAUCCUCCGAUUCAAAUCCGUCUCUAAACCAUGGCUAUCGCUCAUCUCCGGUCCAUCAUUCCACAAACUCCACUCCACCGUUGCCCCCCGUACCACCGCCUUAUUCUUCUCCGCUUAUGAUACGUCCACCAACACAAGCUACUUCUUCUCCGGCGCUCGUGACGGCGGAUCACUCGCUAAUCUCAUGAAACUCGACAAUACUCUCUUGGAACUUUAUGCUGAACAUUCGAACGGGCUUGUAUGUUUUACUUCCCGCACUUAUUGUUUUGGUCCACUUUAUAGUUACGUUCUUAACCCUUGCACUCAUAAGUUUUUCAAGCUCCCUCGUCCUCCUGUGAAUGAAGCCAUGGAUACUUGUUACUUGUUUGGGUUCGAUGAACUAAGUAAUGAACACAAGGUUUUGUAUUUCGAUGUUGAAUUAAUUAAACCUACUACAAUAGAGGUAAUGAUUUUUUCCAUCUCAAAUUACUCAUGGAGAAAGAUCAAUGUCGAUCUUCCUGUUGGUAUGAGCAGGGCUCGUUGGCCGUAUCGCACCAGACUUAGUGUUUGUGUCAAUAGCACCAUACAUCUUAUGCUUAAAAGUCCACUCGAAAUUUUGGCAUUCAAUUUAACAACUGAAAAGUUUUCCAUUUUUAACAUCCCUCCAGAGGCAGCCACUCUAGGCAUGUUCGUAUAUCCUUACAAACGCAACGGAUGCUUCAUAAAAAUCAAUGGCUUAUUAGGCGUGGCUUUUUACGAUAUCAUGGGACAAAAUCUACACAUUUGGAUAUUGCAAGAUUAUCAGAAUCGAGUUUGGGUCAGGGAAACCAGUACAUUCCCCCCUAAUUCUCAGAUCCGUUAUGGGGGAGGUGGCCCUUACCCGUAUGAUUCUAUCAGUAUGGACGAGAUUGUCUGAGAAUUUGAUCAGCGUACCCAUCUAUAACAUGAAGACUAGAUGUUUUAAAUCAAUUGAACUCACUCUUGGUCAUCGAUUUCUAUCCCCAAAAUCGGUGUAUGUAGAGCAAGUCAAGUGUUAUUUUGAAAGCCUCAUUCCCUUACAACACUAGCAGUAUGAUACAUGUAUUCGUUUCUGGAAUUCAGGUUUACAUUUUGUUGCUAUCUUGUUAAUGAACAUGUUCUUCUUAUAAAGUUUCUGCUGAUUUUGCUGUUAUGUUAAAUAGUAUUCUGAA